UUAUACAAGAAAUUGCAACCAAGCCAAUAUUAUUUUUAUCGUCCACGAUAUCUGAAACUGCUAAAGACCAUCCAAUAAUAUUAGAUGGUUUCUUGUCGAAUAUUUUUUUUAUAUCAACUUGUAUUUUUGCCUUGUUAUGCGUUACUGCUUUACUCGUUAUCACUUUACUUGUAGCUGCCUCACUUGUUGCCACUUCAUUUGUCACCACUUCAGUUGUUAUUGUGUCACUUGUCACUGCCUCACUUAUCACUGUUUCACUUGUUGCUGCAUCAUUUGUCACCACUCUUGUGAUUAAUAUAGAAGGGUCAUAUGGAUUGAAUGUCGCUACUACCGAACCAUCUGGGCUAAUGGUCACAUAAAGUAAUAUUUUCACCAUAUUUGUCCCCGAAUUCUGGAUCUUCUGUCAUGUUUUUUUUCUUGUAUCAAAAUAUAGGAAGAAAUUUUUAAAAUUUUCCUGAAGAGAGUAUUUUUUAUAAAUACCAAUGCCCAAUAUUUAUAAGAUAAUUAUGAAUCAACAAAUUGCAUAAUUAUAUUGCUACCCUUCUUAUUAUCAAUGAAAUCGUAUACAUUUCGUUUUAAUCAUUGUUUACGAUAGAUCAUUCUUUACAUUUUUCAUUGUUAUUAUUAUUAUUGUAAUUAUUAUUUAUGGCAAUC